CCCUCCACCAAACUCCAGGGGCAAAAGGACCCAGGGCUCAGUUGCAGCCAGGAUAACAACCAACAGCACGCCGCCCCACGCAGAGAUCCAGGGCGCACUGCUGGUGAUAGGGAACCCUUCUUUUGGACGCCGACCCCACCUCCUCCCACAAAGAUGGAGCGCACAGGGACCCCAGGAGCUUUGCUCCUCACCUUGGUCUACAUGCUCGCCCAGCUGCCCAGGCACGUGGACGCAGAGGAUAUUCUGCGCGCGCAGUACGACUGCUACAACAAGAUCAUGAGCGACCCACCACACGCAGACGGAGCCUUCUGCCCACGUACGUGGGACGGGUGGAUGUGCUGGGACGACACUCCCGAGGGGACGAUGGCCUCACAAUUCUGCCCUCCAUACUUCAAGGACUUUGACACCUUUGAGAAAGUUACGAAGAUCUGCAACGCCAGCGGAGCAUGGUUUCGCCACCCAGAGAGCCAGAGGACAUGGUCCAACUACACUCUGUGCAAUGCCUUCACCGAGAAGAGAGCACAGACCACGCUGAACAUGUAUUACCUGGCAGUCAUCGGCCACGGCCUAUCCAUCGUCUCGCUGCUCUUCUCUCUCCUCAUCUUCUUCUACUUCAAGAGCCUCAGCUGUCAGAGGAUCACGCUGCACAAGAACCUCUUCAGCUCCUACCUGCUGAAUUCCGUGGUCACCAUCAUCCUGCUGUCGAUGGUGGUGACCAGCAAGUCGUUCAUAUCCUCCAACCCCGUGGGCUGCAGAGUGGUGCAGUUCCUGCACCAGUACCUCAUGGGGUGCAACUACUUCUGGAUGCUGUGCGAGGGCAUCCACCUGCACACGCUCGUCGUCGUCGCCGUCUUUGCAGAGGAGCAGGAGCUCGUGUGGUACUACCUGCUCGGCUGGGGUUUCCCGUUCAUCCCAGCCAUCCUGCAUACCAUCAGCAGGUCCCUCUACUACGACGACGACUGUUGGAUCAGCUCUGAAACCAGUCUGCUGUACAUUCUGCACGGGACCUUCGUAACAGCACUGGUGGUGAACCUGUUCUUCCUCCUGAACAUCGUACGCGUGCUCCUGACCAAGUUGAGCGACACGCACCGCGCCGAGUCGCACAUGUACAUGAAGGCGGUGCGCGCCACCCUCAUCCUCGUGCCGCUGCUCGGCAUCCAGUACGUGUUGGUGCCCUGGCGGCCAGAGGGCCACGUCGCCGGAGAGAUGUACGAGUCCAUCAUGCAGAUCUUCGUGAACUACCAGGGUCUACUCGUUGCCACGAUAUUCUGCUUCUUCAAUGGCGAGGUCCAGGUGGUGCUCACCCGCCACUGGUCACAGUGCCGGCGGAGGCAGUUUGGCAGCGCUCGUGACGCGGGCCGCUCCUCCUCCUACACCGGCACGUCCAUCACGGACAUGCCAGGCUACACCUCGCACACGGGGUGGAACAAUGGCGAGCAUGCCAACGGCAAGUCCAGCGAUGGCAUCUUGUGCCUCAAGAAUCAGCCCAUCCCCAUGUAGGCGGGGAUGGGGGGGCACCUCGUGUCCACUCCCACGUCCAUGGGUGCACGUGGCAGAAUGGUGCAGCCAGCGCUGCUAAUCUACCUGUCCACCGGCACCUUCCGUCAUCUCUUCGCGCAUGAACCCAACCCCCCUUGUCUACAACGCCCAGCUGGAGACGCCUACACCCACGGCAUCCUCCCAUUCCACGAGGGGUCAGUGGCCGAGUGGACGAGAGCACCCGGCAGCGUUCUUCGCACUGCACCUCAUUGUGAAACUCUGGGCGCUUUCAGGUCAUCGACGUGACCCCUCUCUUCACCGCCUGAAUUCACUGGGACAUUGACAUUGUUAUCUGGGCCGGUUCACUGUGGAGGAUUCAUCCUUAUCCGGGGACACAUUAUUAUUCACACUCAGGAACACGGUCUACACUGCACCCAGACCCAAGCAUUCUUCCCUUACCUUCUCGUGGCCCUCGAAGCCACAGACGAUGUGACCGCUUAUAUAGUGUGUUGCCAAUGAACUUGAUCCACUGCGUUUCUCUAAAAGAUUAAACGUAACGACCUGCCAAUAUUUGCCCGUGCCAGUAAAACAUGCUGCCAUUUGUGACGACGUGGCCAUGUCUGAGCCCCUCCCCGCCCCGCCUACUGCAGUAGGUCCUCGGUGCGGGUGCACGUGCGUGUGUUGUGGAGUCUCGAUCGUUGGUGAGGCGAGGUUCACCCAGUAUCCACGUGCGAGUGACACUUAACGUGAGGUUUUGCUGGUCACCGCCGUCUUAACGCCUCUUGUGUGAUGAGCGAAUCAAUGACCAUCUCCUCAAAUACCUACAAGCAUAUGUGAUUGCUAAGCAACGUGAAUACAUGUUCUGUUUUUUUUCAGAUUAGGAAAAACUAGACAGUUCUAAAUUUACCUAUGAUAUUGGCUUCUCGGAGAAAAAUGAAAGUUAUCAAUGACGGCCAUCAUUUCCCAAGUGCCAUUUCAAAUGUGUCGAGUACGAGUCUCGUUUCCCAUAAUGCACUCGGUAAGAUAAUCAGAGCAGGUCCUUCACAGCUGCGGGGUUUGCUAUGGGUGCCGUUGCCUUUUGUCCACACACCCGGGCAUGGAUUCACCUUUGGCAUUUGUCAUUGCGUGAGGAGCACGGCGGGGUGGAAGGUCCUGCAGAGAAAGUCACCAUGGAGGAAACACCUUAUGAUAGUGACCUCAUCAAUGCAGCAAAAGCAACACAGCUAUGCUUGCCAAUUCCCCCCCCUCUUACACGCAGCCACGCGUUUUAUGACCAUUUAAUGCGAGCUUGUGUUUUUAGGAAAGCAACCAGUUUUGUUUUACCGUUGUUAUUUUUAUACAGAAAUAUGUAAGUAUAUUUUUUAUUUGGGGUGCAGUCGUGGCGACAUGUUAACUCCCUCGCCUGCUUUGCAGGAGGUCGUGGGUUCAAUCCUGACCCGUGGUCGCGUGGAUUUUCCUUCGGAUCCUCUGGUCUUUCCCUGCACAUUUAGAAACAUCCAUUUAGAUAAUUUGGCUGCUAUAAAGUUGCACAUGAUGAGCCACUUAGUUGCGCUAUCAUUUGUGACCAGGUCGUUGCUGAAAAAAAGCUAUAUAGUUCAGUGGCCCUUACCUGGUAAAAUACAAAAAAUGUAAUCGUUUAAACUAUGACUGUCUCAGCAGCCAACUAUUGUUUCUCAUUCAGUGGAUACUGUCUCUCUUUUAUUAAUCAGUAGUCUGAGUUCAUCAACGAAGCAAUUUGAACGCAAUGCAGAAACGCUGCACGCAAAGGCCAUCAUCAGUAACGCGGCACUCACUACUGUGGAAUGCCAGUCGGUGGAGGAACUUUCAAAGCCAAAGCAGCCUGCACAGAACUCCCUUCUGGCCAUGGGUGGAAAAAACCCGAUUUUUCGAGCUUCUCCACAAUCGUGGGCGCCAGUGAGUUCCUUAGUUUGUAAUGGAUGAAGCCCAUCGUUGAGAAGUGCGGUUCUGCAAUUAGAACCAAUUAAACCGGAUUUCUCCCAAUCUCAGAUGAUCGGGUUUAAUAUAACAAGUAUAACCCGUAAAAACAAAGUUUUUCACUAUAAAUCCUUUAUAUGCGUGGCGGCUAGUCCUCUCGUCCUCUGGCUUGAGAUGGCUGCCACCUAUGGGUCAGAUGAUUGUCUGCCAGUAUUAAGCAAUUGGUAAUUAAAUUUUAAUUUGUUUUCCCUAAACAGUGUAAAAUUUUGGGAAAAAAAUUUCACGAACAUUAAUUGUCUCGCACAACGAGUCUGUGUGCAAAAUUUCAGCUCGAUUGGAUCACGGGAAGUGGGUUAAAAAACGACCGAAAGAUUUGCACGGUUGUAAGCAAGCAAGCAAGCACGCAAGCACGCAAGCAAGCGAACUUAAUAUAAAGGAUUAAAAAAGACAAUUAAACCCGAUUGUAAAACACCCGACUGUGCCACCCUUGCUUCUGGCCAACCACAGGCACUUACAACCGCAGCUACAACAGCAGCAGCACACUGACACUGGCAUGGCUGUUGGUAACAUUGCUUCGACAUUAUUAUUAUGUCUGCCAACCCGAGGGGUCCUUUGCAGGCAUUAAACUUAGCUUUUGUUUGAAAUCUAAACUGAGCACGCACGCAAUCGCUUAGCAGCGAUUAGCAAAGCUUUGUGUCACGAUCACCUCAUGUCCUAAGACUUUUUUUUUACAAAUUGGAGUUUUCACUUUAUUGUGAAGGAUAUUCCGCUUUGGUAUCGUAUGCGUACUUUAAAAAAGAAUAAACUUAAGAAUGUUUUUUUGUUAUUAAUUACAGAUUUCUUAAACAUUCACAGUUCAAAUAUUUUUGGCAAUAUAUUUUACCAAUUUAUUUUAUAGGAAUUUGGGGAGUGACCAAUUAUAUUUUAACGAAUUCUAAUUAAGGAUUUUAUAUUAAAAUUGGUGCAAUAAGGGCUGUCUUGUUUAAUAGAUUUUGUCAUAAUCACUAUAAUGUUACAAAGUGCAAUUGUAUUUGCCCGCUGAGCUGAGUUUGAUGAUUGACCUCACGUUCACUGAGGUUUAUGAUUUAUAUCAACACCCAACAUUUUCAACAAUUUCCAUGUUGAGGCAAUGAACACCUUGAAAUGACGACCCGCAGUUCGUGCAGAAGCAGGCACAUCGAUGAAGGCAAGAUGGCAGUGGGAAUCUGUUAUGCUCGAGUGAAAAUUACACUGCAGUCAUUUUAUUUUGCUCAGCCUUCGCUAAAAACCCAGUACAAACAUCAGUGAGACAAGGUAGAGAUCAAGGUGUUUAUCGUUCCUGGUCUCUCCGCAACAAAGACACUUAAUGCUACUUUCUGUCACCUAUACACACACCUGUGCUUUUGGAUUUCUGAAGCAGUAUCAUUAAAAGCAAGAUAAUGACAAAGCACACCCCCGGUGCUGUGAUGUUGACUGGUUAUGAACUCGUUUGGCGCAUCCUGAGUUGACAACUGCAAAUGGAAAAUCUCGAGCGGCGAUGUUAGAGUGAUUGCAUCGGUAAACUGUGUGUGGCCAGUUGCUGGCAUUUGUGAGACAUUAGAUGGCCGCGUCUUCUCCAGCCUGCUCACGACACUCAUUCUGUGCAGUGGACAUUUUUGUCUUCUUACAAAGCCCCCUCGAAUUCAAACAAGGGGGGCGUCUGCACCGUUCAACAGCCUCAGAUGCCCCACCCGCUCUCCCACCUGUGCCUUACCUUGAGCAGUCAUUCUUCGGCAGUCACAUAAUUGCGUGACAUCAACUUGACGCGUGGCGGGCUGGCUGCAUUGAUUCCAAUUGCCCUCCCCACGCCGCCUGUUGCGGUAAUCUACACCGCAAUCCUGUGAAUGAGCAAGGCGGAGGCCACUGAGGUCGCGUGUUCAGAGACACGAGGUCUCGCAGGACGUUGCUAUGGAUGGAUUAAUAAUCACCCGAGACGGUGACUCCUCCUGUGAAAUUGCUUGCAUUGUUUUUCACGAAGUGGGAUGUGGUUUGGGGAUUGACGUUCCUCAACUCCCUCCCCCUCCCCAUUACCUGGGGGGGAGGUGAGGAAGAGAAGGGCAGUACAGUACAACAUGCCCUGUUCACUUGUGGUCUCAAGAUACCAACAUUGAUUCGGAGCCAACUAUGUGGUAUUCACUGUGUAACACUGAUUGUAAUUACGAGCGUGUGGUGUUGUGUGUAAAACGUGUAAGUUAUGCCGAUCCUAGCUGUAGUAACUAAACACUAAUUAAGUCACUGAAUAUUGUUACAGCUUUGUUUUUACUAUUGUAUUAUAUUUAAUGUAUUUUUUUUUGCUAACACCAAGUAUUCUGCCUUAAUAAUAAAAGUGUGCGUGCA